AUCCUGCCCAAGGAGAUGCAGAACUGGGAGUGGGGAUGCUGUGUGGAGACCUGUGCCAAUGCCGAGGACCCAGCUGAGGGGUUUCAUCUAGUACAGGAAGAGAAUGAAAACCUCCAGGGAACAGUGAGUGUAAAGGUCGAGGAAGUGUCCUCAGACAACAUGCAGCUUACUGCGGCAUUGCAGGAACCUGGUGAUUCCUGGCUGGAGCAGUUAAAGGCCCAUCAUGCAGACAAGCCUCAGGAGGAGUCUGGAGAGAGGGAAACCCUGGGUCCUCAGAACAAGCCACCUCACGUCCCUGGAUUGAAGCCCCUCUACCACCAGGAGUCAGAUUCCCUUGAAACCAAGGAGACCUGGGACUUCUUAGCAGAUGAAAGCUCCUCAGGCUGGUGCCCCAGACAAGGCCCUUCCCCAGGAGCAGGUUCUGGGACCCUGAGGAGAGCUGAGCAGAAGCCUCCUGGAGAAAAGCCUGUAAACCUGGAGCUGCACAGGACUUCCCCAGGGAGUUUGGAGAAGAGGGGCUCCCUGACACAUGAACCGGGCCAAAUUGUCAAGGGUCAGAGCAGGCCUCCAAAGCAGGGGGAGAACUUGGGACCCCAGGAGAUGUUUGAGGACGUAGCUGUGUACUUCACACGGAAGGAGUGGGAGCUGCUGGAAGAUGAAGACAAAGUGCUUUACCAGGACCAGAUGCUGAGGAAUUUCCAAGCCCUCAUUUCCUUGGGAUAUCGAGGUCCCACACCUGACUUAAUAUGCAGCAUCCAGCAAGGACAGGUGGAACUCUGGGUCUGUGAUGAUGAGGACUGUGGGGAACUCUCAAAGUUGGAGGAUCUGUUGCCAGGAGAUGCCUGGCUGCUGAGCAGGACUGAGGAGCAGGCUCCUACAAAAGGGCCUGCAGACCUGGAGCCGCUAUGGACUUCCACAGGAAGUUUGCAUGAAAUGGACUUCCUGAGAUCUGAGGAGCAGCAAUGGCACAUGAGUCAGGGGAGGCCCCAAAAGCUGAAGGAGAACAUAGCAGUGAAGCAGAAAGAGCCCUGGCUGCAGGGAAGAAUCUGUGGAGCUGAGAGACCUAAGAAAGAUUUUGUGGAGCCAAGAGACCUCAAGAGCCAGUGGAAAGAUGCGCUGCAUCCCAGCCAAGGCAUUGGGAAGGGACUCAGAGGGGAGUGGGAUCUCACUGCUAAGUACAGGGGCAGAGCUGGGGAGAAGCUGCAUAAGUGCUCGGAGUGUGGGAAGAGCUUCACCCAGUCCUCCAAACUGGCCCAGCACCAGCUUAUCCACAUGGGGGAGAAGCCACAUCAGUGCUUGGAGUGUGGGAAGAGCUUCACUCACUCCUCCAAGCUGGCUCGGCACCAGCGUAUCCACACAGGGGAGAAGCCAUAUCAGUGCUCAGAAUGUGGAAACAGCUUCACUUAUUCCUUCCACCUGACCCAGCACCAGCUCAUCCACUCUGGGAAGAAGCCACAUCAGUGCUGCAAGUGUGGGAAGAGCUUCGCUCGCUCCUCUGGGCUGGCUCAGCACCAGCAUUUCCACAACGGGGAGAAGCCACAUCAAUGCUCAGAGUGUGGGAAGAGCUUUGCUCGCUCCUCCAGCCUGGCUGAGCACCAGCAUAUCCACACAGGAGAGAAGCAGUAUCAGUGCUUGGAGUGCGGGAGGAGCUUCACUCACUCCUUCAGCCUGGCUGAGCACCAGUGUAUCCAUACAGGUGAGAAACCACAUCAAUGCUCAGAGUGUUGGAAGAGCUUCACGUACUCAUCCGACCUGGUCCGGCACCAGCUCAUCCACACAGGGAAGAAGCCACAUCAAUGCUCAGAGUGUGGGAAGAGCUUCACCCAGUCCUCCAGACUGGCCCAGCACCAGCUCAUUCAUAAGGGGGAGAAGCCACAUGGAUGCUUGGAGUGUGGGAAGAGCUUCACUGACCCGUCCACCCUGGCUCAGCACAAGCAUAUCCACACAGGAGAGAAGCCACAUCAGUGCUUGGAGUGUCUUAAGAGCUUCAGUCGCUCCUCUAGGCUGGUCCGGCACCAACUUAUCCACAGAGGGGAGAAAGCACAUCACUGCUAGGAGUGUGGGAAGUGCUUCACUUACUACUCCUCCCUGGCUUUGCACCAGUUUGUCCACAUGGGGGAUAAGCCACAUCAAUGCUGGGAGUGUGGCCGGAUCUUCACGCAGAGCUCAUCGCUGGCUCGUCACCAGCAGCAAGCCCACGCUGGUGAGCGCCCCUACUCCUGCACCCGCUGUGGCAAAGCUUUUGGGCGCAGUGCCCACUUGGCGAGGCACCAGGAGACCCACUCAGGGGAACGCCCCUACCGCUGCUCCUACUGUGGCAAGACCUUUGGGCGCAACGCCCACCUCACCCGACACCACAGCACCCACACCGGGGAGCGCCCCUACCAGUGUGGGCUCUGUGGCAAGGCCUUCACCCGCGGCUCCCACCUUACCCGGCACCAGCUCACCCACACCGGGGAGCGCCCCUAUGAGUGCACCCGCUGCGGCAAGGGCUUCACCCGCAAUGCCCACCUGGCGCGGCACCAGGGCACCCACACCGGUGAGAAGCCCUUCCACUGCACCGACUGCGGCAAGAGCUUUACCCGUGACACCCACUUGGCACGACACCGGGCCACCCACACUGGGGAGCGCCCCUACAAGUGCGCCGACUGCGGCAAGGGCUUCAGCGCCACAUCCCACCUCAUCCGGCACCAGAGGACACACCGGGCUUAAUGGCCCCACUUCGAUACCAAGGGCCCUGGAUGUCCUCACCCCCCUAUAGAUGCCAAGAGGGUGCUAGUUCCCACACUGCUGCCUACCAGAGAGCUCCCCCUUGUGAGAUCCAAAUGGUGCUGAUUUCCAUGCUGGCACCCACAAAACAGCUUCUCGCAGGCAGGGCAGAAGACGUGGAUCCUGCCCUGCUGCAAUGACUGGUUUGUCUGGGUGUUAACUGUGGGCUUCCCAGUGAUGGGAGUCUAAGUGUGCUCUGGGUACACCAGGGAUGACAUUGCCAAGCUAAUCUACUGGUUGAGUGGGGUACACACACUUCUUGAAAGCUGGAGAUGACAGAACUGAAAUGGAGACUCUUCCAGCAGGACCCAGUGGAUGUCCCUGGGGAUGCUGAAUACUCCUGGAGGGACCUCUGAGUCCCUGUCAUCUGCUCCUUCCUGGAGCAGGUUCUUCCCUGAGGACACAGAAGCCUGUUGCUAAGAGCCCAAGUUCACUGUUGCCAAACUUUGUGAGUAUAAUCGUGACUCUCAUGACAUUUGAUGGCCUUUACCUUUCAAAUGAUCCCAUGAUUCCUGACUUCAGACUCAAAUGCUGCCUAUUCAUAGUGAGUGCUCUCUCCCAUUAAUUUCAGUGGAGACAAAGCCAGGUUGCCUCAGGGAAGAUAUGGGCCCACCUCUUGCUCAGUAGUUAGGGCUGGGAAGGCAGGGUCUGAAGGGAGCUGAGGCUGUGUAGGGAGAUGUGUGGGUGCAGUGGUCUAAGAGGUAGAUAGGGAGGGCAGAGGUCUAGGGGGAGGUGAGGGCAUUCGUGGCAGUUUGGGGCUGCAAGAGCUGGGUGUGAGGAUUUAGGGGGUUGUGGGAAGCUGUGGGUAUGCAGGGAGAUAUAAGGGUGCUAAGGGGAUGUGGGAAGCUCUGGCUGUGCUGAGCAAUGGAGAGUGCACAGGAAGACAUAUGAGAGUUUAGAGAUACUGGAGGGAUAGUUGGGGAACAAGAUAGGCUGUCAGAGCUGAAGGAUGAAGAGUGGGGUGCUGCAAGGGACAAGUGUGACAAUCCAAGCCUAGGCUGGAGAGAUGCUGGGAGGUCCUGGGUGUUGCAGGCUGGGAGAGCUCAAUGAGGUCCAUGUGCUUGGAAUCUGAGCACAAAACGCUUCCCACAUGCUUCAGAGACAAACAGCUUCCCUUUUCAGGGCUCAACAACUGGACAGCAGAUAGGUUCUUCCCUUCCCUUAGCUCCUGAUUUCUGGAUCGGUUUUGUUCAUAAUCUGGAAUUGGUGGCAAAGCCUGUUUUGCACCAGCCUUGUUGACAGCUAGCUUCAGGCAAGGAAGGUGGCUUGGUGCUGCUCCCCUCUCUGGGCUUAUGAGCACUGCUGGCUUCAGUGCAGGCUUCAGGAGGGGAGCAGUGAGGAGAGGCACACAUCCUAGUACAGCAACAUCAUGGAGAUACUGGGCUGCAAAAGCAGAACCACCAUGUUUUCUUGGUUCUCCUCUCAGGUCUGAAAUUUACUCUCCCAUCUCCCCCAACCUCAAGAAAUAUGGCCCUGGCCCUGCAAACAGCUUGGGGUGUUCUACAUCUCAAUAGAUAAGGCUUUUCCCAGACACUGCUGGGCUGCAGAAGGAAGCAGCCAUGUUUAAAGGCUUCCUAGCAGAUGGUAGAUGAUGUGCUAGCCCUCAAAGCUGCAUCACUUUGGGUAGCAGAUGCCUCCUGUCCAGUCUGGGCCGUGCCUGGGCCUGAGUGGUCACUGCCAGCCCCACUCUUCUAACCUGUCACAAAUCAACAGAGGCUGCAAGCUCAGAGUGAGAGAGGGUGGAGAAGAAUCAUGAAGGACUGCUUGUUUCAUGUGCUCUGCUGAAGGAAGGGCUGUCAUCACUGUCAGGGGAGCCCUGUAAACAGUUGACACUGGCUCCAGUGGAAGUCUCUUAAGGGAGUCCCAUCAUGUGUGACUUGAGUAACCCCACCCCAAUGAAUGCAAGGAGCACUGGGCAACUGGGGGAGCCAGAGGAGACAACCUGCUCAGUUGCAAUGGGAAUCUGAUCCUUGGCUGAGAGUGGCCAUGGCAAUGUAAAGUCAUGGCCAGGAACUGAAUGGAGUUGUCAGCACCAUCCCUACUUCACCAUCAGCACUGAAACUCCCCUCCAGUCUGGACAGCAGAGCCUGGCCUGGGAAAGUCAGUCCUGAGGACAGGGAGAGCUCUCUCUGUGCCCUGCCACAAAGGAUGUGUGUGUGGAAGCAGAGUCCAGCCCAACAUCAAAGGAAGGAGAUCAGUUGUAGUCACCCUGGUAUGCUUACCACUGGGAACAGGAGUGCCCAGCUCUCAUUGUUUGUGAGCUACGGAGGUGGAAGAAUAGGCCAUGAGACUUGCAUCUGGAACACCUGAGUAGAGGGAGAUCUGGGACUGUCAGUGGGGAUUGCUGCUCUAGGGAAUCCAGGGUGGGGGAGGCUGGGCUUCAGGCAGGGAAGAUAGUGGCAUGCUAUUAACUGGAAGCAGGAACUGGGGCCAGUGGUGAUUGUGGCUGGGAGCUGCUAGAGAUCAUGGUCCUGAGGAAUGAUAACCAUGGGCUGCCUUUUGCCACAGCUGUCAUGGACCCAACUUUCCAGGAACCCCUCUGCUCCCAUACCAAUAUGGUGCUGGCUCCAGAUAAGUCUAGUUUGCCCCUCACCUCUCUGCUCCUCAUUCCAGCUGUCUCUUGCAUGCCAAGUCACAGACUGUGGGAAUUUGGUAACAAUCUUCAAAUACCUGAAGGCUGGUUAUAUGGAGGAUGGAGAUAGACUAUUCUCUAUGACUACAGGGGACAGCACAAGGAUUAAUGAUAUUAAGUUGCAACAAAGAAAAUUUAGGUUUGAUAUUAAAAGUAACUUUCUCACUAUGAGGUGGUUCAGCACUGGAAUAAGCUAUCCUGAGCGGUUGUAGAGUCUGCAUCCUUGGAAGUUUUUAAGAGUGGGUUAAACAAAAACUUUUAUAAGAGGGUUUAAAUGGGUAUAUUCCUGCCUUGAGUGUGGGGCUGGACUAGAUGACUUCCUGAGGUCCCUUCCAGACCUACUUUUCUAUGAUCUAUUCUUCCUUCCUCAACAGCAAAGGAGCUUGUUCAGCCAUGCAGGCCUUCUCCAAGCCUGGUUGCAAGAGCAGCACCAUAUAAUAUUUAUGAGUCUAUGCCAGAGGCUUCCCACAUCAUCUGUGGGUUUCAUAGAAUCACAGGUGGAAGGUACGUCAAGUCAGUCAGUUUGUCACCUGUUGCUGACAUAGAGAUAUUAACUAGCAUAACUAUUCUGUAAUAGCUAUUUCAGAGCAACUGUUUGGACACAGUUCCAGAAUAAAUGGGAUUUUGUUCCAGAAUAAAAUCUGUUUCUGAACAGUGUCCACAUGAGAGUUAUUCUAGAACAGUGGUCACCAACUAGUUGAUCUGAAUCGACUGGUUGAUCAUGGAGAUUCUGACAGUCGAUCUCAAUCGGUCAGAGGCUCCACAAUCGGGAGUGGCAGGACGCAUGUGGCUGGGCUGAGCCAUGCCCCCUGCUGCCCAGGCUGGGCUGGGUGAGUGGGGUCAGAGCCCGGGCAGCUUGUCUGGGGGGCAGGGUGGGGGCAGGGCAGGAGCGGUAGACCCUGGGGUGCCCUUUACUAACAAAAAGUGAUCUUCACCAUAAAAAGGUUGGAGACCACUGUUCUAGAAUGGGCUGAACUGUACCAGAACAGCGAUACUUUCCUCUAUAGAGACAAGACUACCCAUAUACUGUGGUGAUUCCAAUGAAUUUCCAAGGGCUUGGGUUGGCUCUAGAAAGGAUCCCCUCUGGAUUCCAGAUACCUACCUCUACAGCUGUCUUUUCAUGCUUUAUUUCUAUCGUCUGAGAGUAGCAGGGAUGGUAGAACUACUUCCCUACAGAACUGCACAGCAGAGGUGUAAAUCACUUAAUUCUGAAGGAGCCAACAGUGAUUGCCUUUCAAGACGGCUUGUUUUUGUUUAAGGUGACAGAGCCGAGAUGAUAUUCUUUUUAUGUCCAACAGAGUGGAAAGGCUAAGACCUUUAUUGUCUGAGUUGUUACCACAUUUGUAUUUCAUAGGUCAUAUUUUCACUGGGCCUGGAGCUGGUUAAAUGGGCUCAUUCUAUGAAUGCCUGGAAUGUAGCAACCUCUUGGGUUUCUCAAAACGUCCUUACCAACCUCUGCUCAGUAAUUUUAGUCCCUUUCAAAUAGCUACAGCCCCUUCUGCCCCAAGUUUGACAUUGUGCUUUUGAUGUCCUACUCUUUCUUUUUUUCUUCUCUAUUGGGGAGGGGAGGGGGCUUCCAGAAAGAUUAAUCCCUCUGGGUUCUGAUCAUGAAGAAGUGAGUUUGAGCCUUGUUGCAAACUCAUGCUGAUCCUCCCUGCUAGUUAACUCAAUUGUGAAUGGACACCUGGUUAUUCAGGCAUAGAAGUCACAGGCAGUCAGAUAUGAAACUAAUGACAUCAUUCCCCUGUGUGCUAUUGACUACAGAAUCUUGCCUGCCUUAAUCUUGGUGUCCUGAUGAGAUACUCAGACUCUCAUGGACUUCUGACUGUCUUUUCCUAUUGUGCUAACAGUGUGUCUCAAUUGAGAAUAAAUCUUGUUUAUCCAA